UUUUGAAUAUUGACUAAUGCUUCCUCCAUGUUUGUGAUUCAUAGAUGAGUGGCCAUUAACGUGCAUCCUCUGUAUACCACAAAAACCACCCACAUGAAAUCAAAACCAAUCAUCAAAAGAUUCAAUAAUUCUUCACACAAACACGAUAAAAAAAAAUCAAGAAAUCUCAAUCUUGAUCAUCCGAUGAAACUCCUUUCGAAUCCACUGACCUUCCCCUUCUUCACUUCAGAGCCCCUCGCUUCAAAGCCUUUCUUCAAACCCAUCAAAGCCUCCGUCCAGGCUCCUCCCCCAGACUUCGACUUCCGCAACAGCCUCGCGUCGGACUCACGCGCCGCGAUCGCCAGCACUUUCCCGGAGCUGCUCGACCUCGCAGAUAACGGGACGUUGGUUCUUGUCCAGAAGCAGAGCUUCGGCCCAACUCCACCCUGGCGCAAGGAGUUCGUGGAGCCUGAGUCGAUUUGGCUCGUCGGCACUUCUCAUAUCUCCCAGGAGUCUGCGUCCCAUGUCGAACGCGUGGUACGCACGGUGAAGCCAGAUAAUGUCGCUGUCGAGCUCUGCCGUAGCAGAGCUGGGAUUAUGUACACUUCUGGUGUCGGAGAGGAAGACCAGAACUUAAAGUCUGGAGCCUUGUCAUUGUCCGGAACAGGCUUUCUUGGUGCUGUUGGUCGGAGUUUAGACUUAGGAGGCCAAACUGCUUUGGCUUUGCGACUUCUCUUGGCGGUUUUCUCUUCCAAGUUAUCUUCCGUCGCUGACCGGCCUUUCGGUGAUGAGUUUCGAGCUGCUCGGAAAGCGUCUGAGGAAGUUGGUGCGCAGCUGGUUCUUGGAGAUCGACCUAUCGAAAUAACACUUCAAAGGGCCUGGGACUCUUUGAAAUGGGGAGAGAAGAUUAAUCUGGUGAUGGGUGUUACUCGGGCAAUCACGUCGUCAUCCAGUGUAUCCGCAGCAGAGAUUAAGGAACAAGAGACCGAUGAAAGCAAUGGAAGUUUGCAGCUUUAUGAACGGCUAAGUUUCUCAUACCCAUCUCUCCUACAGCCACUAAUACACGAAAGAGACACUUAUAUUGCUUGGUCGUUGAAGAGGAGUAAGGCGGUGAAUGGGUGUAAAACGGUGGUGGGUGUGAUCGGAAAAGGACACAUGAAUGGUGUGAUCUACGCGUUGGUAUCGGACUCUGGUGAUCUCCGGUUUAGGGAUUUGGUGGGAAGAGGAGAUUCUUCUGAUGGUGGUGGUACUACUACAUCUACCGGCUGGAUUCAAAUGGCUUUGAAGAGCCUCGCAAGAGAUACAAUUUUAGGGCUCUUGUUGUGGGAGUUAUAUGAUCAGUAUCUCAAGUUUAUGAUGAUGACCCAAAACCCUUCAUGAUUGAGAGCCAUCCCCAAUCCAAAAACUGUAUAAUGAAUCUUAAAAGUGAUUGUAGAUAAUUGAUUCUUUCCUAUUAGACUUUAUAUGUCAACUACAAAGACCUUGCAAGUACAACUACAAAAAGUAUCGUUUAUUCUUAAAUAAUUUUUGUAAAUGUUGUAUUAGUUUAGUGUUCUCAUCUAAUAUUUUUUGUACAUGUCAAAGACAAAAAGUACAGUAAAUGUUUUUUUUUUAAUUCA